AUGCGAAUCAGAGGCGAGUUUCGCGUCCACGUGCGCGCGCGUACUUCUUCUCAUUCUUCUCGAGGAGGCGCGUUGAAACGACGACAACACCUGCUGCUGCUGCUCACGGAGGAAGCGCACGCGAGAGGGGAGUGGGAGAUUGAAAAAGGAGGAGGAGUAUCAUCGUCGUCGGUGUUGGAGAAACACGUGCUCGAUUUACUCUCGAGAGAUGUCGUGGAGAUUCGUUUGGUGGAGAAAGUGAAUGGAACAACGGAAGAAGAAGAGGAAAAAGAAAAAGAAAAAGAAGACAAGGAGUUGUUCGUCGCCGCCGUGCGUGGGAAACUUCCUCGAGGAUUGUUUUUUAAAACGAACGAGGUAGAGAAGGAAGAGGCGGAGAAACGACGAGAGGAUGGGAUUGCAAAGUUUCCGAAAUCUUUAGCAUUCGUGUUGACACAUUUUUUGGACCAACGAGAACAACGAGAACGAGAACAAAAACAAGGGAAAGAAGAAGCAAAACGAGAGAAGAAGAAGACAAAGAAGAGUUUCUGCGGCGUGAUUGGGUGUCAGAUGCACCGAGGCGCGGGAGAACACGAUACGUUAAAAUCGCAACUGGAAAAGCUUCGACCGGAAGCGCGGAAGGAUUCCAAGUUGCCGACGAUUGAUCGAUUUGACGAGAGGUUUCCGUGUCCUGGGGAUUUACCGGCGUUGGCGUUGGAAAGAAUCGUGAAGAAUUUAGAUGCUAAAUCCGCGGGACGGUUACAGUGCGUUUCGAAAGGGUUUCGAGCGGUGAUGGAUCAGACGUCGCCCGGAUUGAAGUUGACGUUGCAUCCGCAUCAGAGAGCGGCGUUGGCGUGGAUGAGAAUGCGAGAGCGAAGGGAUUCGUUGGGGGUGGUUUUAGAACCAGGAUGGGUGGAAUUGUUCGCUUCUAAUGAUGACGAUGAUGAAAACGGUAACCGGGAGGAGUUUCCGUUUUACAUGCAAACGAGUACCGGGAUUCUUUCGAGAACGCCGCCAAACUAUUUCAGCGAUUCCUGCGGAGGCGCUCUGUGCGACGAGCCAGGUUUAGGUAAAACCGUCACGGUGUGCGCUUUAAUAUUAGCGACUCGAGGGAGCUACGCGCCGCCACCGAAAGGCUUAACGAUAAAAUUUGAACAUCCAGAGAAAGAGAACAUGGAAGAAAAGGUUCCGUAUUACGUAGACGAACCGGUCUUUGAAGAAGAACAAGUAGCAACGCCAGCGGACGACGCCGCCGACGAGGAGGAAGAAGAUAUAAAAGAAGAAGAUGCAGAGGACAAGGACGCAAAAACGCCAUCAUCUGAAGCAAAGAUAAACAGCAAGAAACACGAACAGCCAGGAAAGAAAAAGCGGAACAACCAGUUAUUAGCAGCAUCGAAAACGCCAACUUCAAAUUUACGCCGGUCGCGUCGAAGCAGCGCGUCGACACCCCUAGGUCUCUACGCCAAUCUCGAAAAAAAAGGUAUGCUCGUUGGUGCGUUGCCGACGCUCGCCUCGUACGCGACCAACGAAAAUAAAUCUGGUCGUGGUAGAAACUACGAAGAUUUAUAUUUCAAUGAAGACGUUUCGACGUGGUCCUCGCCGCCUGGGUAUUAUUAUCGCAACGCGAACAAGAAUACAAAAGAUGUCGCCAACGACGAUGGCCGGGAAAGCUUGAAACGAAACACGCGAUUUUUUAUGCAAUCGUUCAAACUCUCUCACGCAAGAAGCGGCAAAGAGCCAACGCGCGAUGUGAUUGAAUUCGUCUUGCGCAACGCGGGCGAAAUAUCGGAGAAGAAGUAUCUCGUCAUUCCACCGUUCCGAAGAAACGACGAUCAACCGAUGGUUUUAGACGCGUUCAACAUCAUUCGACGAGCGAGUUCAAAAUCUCAAUCUGGAUACGCGUUUGGUCCACCAUCUUUAUCGGCGGUGCAGCAACAACAAGAAGAUGAAGAAGAAAAAAAAAAUGGGAGAGAACCCGGUGAUAUUCUCGUGCUCGACAAGCGCGCUCUUCACGAUGCUUGGCUCGAAAUCGAAAGAGAGGAGAGCGGCUUCAAAGUGCCGCAGUUGCAAAAAUUGGACAAUCCGACGAUUAUCGGUGGCAAGAGAAUUUAUCUCGCGAAAACGACGUUGAUUAUCGUUCCGCAGCCGCUUGUUGCGCAUUGGCUCGAGCAGAUAGCCUAUUGUUGUGGCUCUCGAAAGCGCGAAGACGGUAUUCCUAGAAUUGGCGUCAUUCACAAUCAAACGCACGACUCGGAAAGAAGAGCCGAGCGGAACAAUUAUUACGGUUUAGGCUCGUACGUACAAAAGCUCGAAAACAUUUGCGAAUGCGACACGUAUAGAACGGACGAAUGGAGAACGAACGGGAGGAUGGAAGAGUGGAAGGAAGAACUCGCGGAUAAGGAUAUAAUUAUCUUGCCAUUAUCCGCGCUUUCGUCGCAGUUUGGAAACAAGGAUUCCGCGUUUUUUCAGAUUCAUUUCAAUCGCAUCGUCUUAGACGAAGGCCACCAAAUCGGUGCAUCUUUGGCGUUAUCGAACAGGUUUCACGUCAUUACAAACUUGAAAAGUCACGCAAAAUGGCUCAUGACUGGUACGCCAACGCCUGCAACGUUUCGCGGAGCAACCGUCGCGCACUUGCAACCUUUGCUCGGCUUUCUGAAGCAAUCGCCUUUCGACGCCAACGCGAGACUUUUUGCCACGUUAGUCUCAAGACCUCUCGAGCAAAGGAACGUGAAUAACAAUAAGAAGAAGAAGGAAGAAAACGAUACGGAUAAAUCCGUCGCGAUGAUUUAUGCGCGAUCAGAAGCGGCGCGAAUUUUACUCGAGCUUUUGCAGCGCAUAAUGAUUCGCACGUGUAAAUCGCACAUAAGGUUACCUCCGGUUCGGAAAAUUACACAUUCCGUACCUUUUACGAAAGAGCACGCGUUAUCCUACAACCGUAUGGUUUCGCACGUGCAACGAUCGAUGUUGCUCGCGGAUUGGUUCGACCCAAACCACGAGCAAAGUUUACUCAGCUCAAAGAACGCGAAAGAAGCGAGACAGACGGUGGUGAACUUGCGCGAAGCUGCAUGCGUCAUCGGCGAUAUGCCUCUGACGUAUUCAAACGACGAAAUCGAUGAAGCAGAACAAGAUCUAUCCGCGCACUUGAAAGCGAAACUGAAUAUGACGGAUGCCGUGAAAAUUCAAGGCAUGAUUAAUCGCGUGAUUCCCGCGAUGACACGGUACGAGUUUGUGUGCGAUGUUUGCGGCAUUUUGGCGUAUUUACCGAUGGUCACGCCGUGCGCGCACGUUUUGUGCGUCGAGUGCGUACAAAAUAAGAGCACGAUGAUGAAAGGCGGCAACGAUGAUGAUAAUGAUGAUGAUGCGAAGAGAGUUCGUCGUCCGGCACCUCGCGGAUGCGCAAAGUGUGGAAUUCCGUACAAAAUGCAAGAGGCGACGCCUCGCGAGGACAACCCGAUGCCGUGUCAGCCAGUACCUCAGGAUCUCAUCGAGUUACAAUGCUCGUACGUGCAAAGAGGUUGGACGGUAAACAUGAACGACGAGCGCUCUUCGCACGAGAGUUCCAAGGCUGAUUUUUUGCUCAGCCGUUUGCGCGAGUUAAACGUAGCAGUCACUAAGACGCAGUUGGAAAGCGUCGAAGCUACGGAGAGAAUAGUCAAAGAGCAUCUGGUGGAAGUGCACGCCAAUCGCGAAAAUUUCAGCGAGGCUGACUUGGAGCACUUAGCGAAUCAAGUUCCCUAUUUAAGAUACGGGUACAGAACGGACACGCGAAUGAAAGGAUUAAUUGAGUUGCCCAUCUUAAGACGCGAGGUUGACGCGUCUUUCGACGCUACAAAAAAGUUGCCAAAGAUUGUCGUCUUUAGCUCGUUCAAGACGCAUUUACACGUCGUCGACGUGUGUUUAACGGAAGGUCGAGUACCGCUUCAAUCGCUCUCCAGACAAGGAUACAGUCGUGAACAGAAAGAUGCCGCUUUGUCUCAGUUUAGAGACGAUCCGGACUGUCCAGUUUUACUAUUAGAUCGAUCUGCGGCGGAAGGUUUGGAUCUUUCCUUUGUCAAUCGCGUCUUUUUGAUGGAACCUUUGGAAAAUGUGAGUUUAGAGGAACAAGUAAUUUCUCGAGCGCACCGAAUGGGACAGCAAAGCAUCGUGCACGUGGAAGUGCUCGUCGCGCGAGGUACGGCGGAAGAAACGAUGCUCGAAGCGAGAGCGGCGUUUAUUAAAUGGGAGAAGGCGGAGAAGGAAAAACGCUCCCACGACAACUACGAGAGGAAGGACGAAGAAAACGACCAGUCGGCGGAGAAGAUGGAGAACAGUCUCGCGGAAGAAGUCAAUCGAUCGGGGAGGCGCGUUUUGGAGAAGUUGUCGCUGGUAGAUAUCGAGGAAAAUGCAGAACCGAAAUCACACGAGGAGAAUUUCUUUUCGGAGAAGGAAGAGGAAGACUUCGCGUCGACGAUACAAAUUCAACAAGAAGAAGCGGUGAACGUCGUCAACAACAUUCACAAGAAUAUCACCAAAGCCGAUGCGAGCGACGAAUGGAGAGUGCGCGUGAAAUGUAACAGAAGCAGCAUUUACGAAUUACGACUACCAAACAGAGAAAACACGACUGUUGCCGAACUUCAGCGGAUGUGCUUGGAAGCGACCGGCAUCCGAGCGGAGGAAAAACCAAUCAUCGAGUGCGGCUUUCCGAUGCGAAGCUGCGAAGAUUUACCGAAAACAUGCGCCAUCGGCUUACUCGGCGUGCGAAAUCGCGACUUUGUGAGCGUUGAAACCGCAGCAUCGUUGACACUAAAGAAAGAAGAAGAAACGUUAAUGACUGCCACCAACGUCGUCGCUGCUGAGGAAAUACCUCCGCCAGAACCAAUUGCGGCGAAAAACAACCACGGCAAGAAGCGCAAGCAACAGAAAAACGACGACGUUCGCGACGACGUCGCGGAUGCAAAGCUCCGAAGAAAACUCAACGGUAUUCUGCCCGAUUCGGAAAUAGCCUCCGCUCGCAUGCUUGACGAUCCGGAUGGCAGGGACGACAACGAUGAUUUCCUUUCUCGCCAACGCGAAGGUAUGGCCCAAUCCGCAGCUGUUUUACUCCGAGCGACGCAAGGCGGCGCGACUACCGAGUUACGCACCGAGUUACGCAACGCCAUCGACGAAAGAAUGAUUGAAACGCAAGGCAGGCAAAAAGUUGCCGCGGUUCUGAACAACCAAUACUCGAUUCAACCGUUACCGAAUGACCCAGCCGGUCGUCUUUUGGCGACGUACGCAAUCGCCAAAGAGCUGGCGCUGAAAACGCAACACCAAAAAUCGCAACUCCAAGACGUCUUCCCGGAAAUUCCUCUGCCGUUUUUAAUCGCGCUUCUUAAAAUAGUCGCCGAAAACGACCAAGAUCGAGUUAAUUUAGCCCCGGAAAGAAUGGCCAUGGCGUCGCCGAGGGUGUUUUGGAACGUCGUCAAACACGCGAGGCGCGCCGGCGGCGGCGACAAACCCGUCCUCUCCUUCGCGCUCGCGUUGGAGGCGUUAGCCCCGGGCGUCGCGGAUUGGGAGAGCCUGUGCACUCGCGAAAGACUCAAACCCAGUCGGUACAGCGAGUACGUCUCCCAUUAA